GAGCAGGGCGGAUCAUCAGUAAAUCACCCAGUUUCCCGGCUGUCGCGCCCCCACAGGAUGGUGCGCCUGAGUAAGCAGGAGCGGCAGGACAAGAAGGAGCUGCUGGCCAGCCUCAAUCAAGUGGACGGGCUGGGAAAACCCGUGGACAACGAAGCGUUCGAGAACUGCCAUGAACACCUCGAGGGCGCCUCCAGCAACGACACCGAUCUCCUCUUCCUCACCGGCCUCCUCAACUCCGCCGCCGUGACGCAGCUCAUCAAGAUCCAGAAGAGCUUCGACGAGGAGCCUGUGCCAGUGAUUGAACCAGAAUUGCUGGGCGUGAGUGACAUUCUCUCCGAAGUUGGCCAACACUGCGCGCGAUCGUGGAAACCGGAGGCGCGUGAGUUGCUGAAGAUCAUCCGGAGUGCGCACGUGAAGGCGCUGUGCGAGACUCACGAUCGUGUGGGCAGGAAUUUGGAGGAGUACCGUGAGAGGCAGCACAGCCAGCCGACCAGGGAGGUGCCAGAGGGCGAUCUGCUCGGCAACGACAUGCCCGUGGAGACGAUCAAGAUGGUGUGCCUGCGGCGGAAUCCCAACGAGCCGCUGGGACUCACCGUGGAGAUUGACGAGCACCAGCAGCUGAUGGUGGCGCGCAUCAUUGCCGGCGGCAUGAUCGAUCGCCAGGGACUGCUGAAUCCCGGCGAUGUGAUCCUGGAGGUGAACAGUGUGCCCGUGAGCACGCCAGAGGAGCUGCAGGCGCAGAUUUCGGUGGCCAAAGAGUCAGUCACGCUGAAGAUUGGCCCGAACCUGGACGAGGAGAUGAAAUCGGCCAGACUGACCAUGUCUGGUGGCCAGGUAAAGAGUGGGAGGAAUUUAGAGCCCGGGAAGAAGAUGACGUGCUACAUGCGAUCUCUCUUCGACUAUGAUCCCACGCAGGACACUCUCUUGCCCUGUCAAGACAUUGGGCUGCAGUUCCAUCACGGUGACAUUCUGCAGAUAAUCAGUGUGAAGGAUCCCAAUUGGUGGCAAGCGAAGCAUGUCGGCACCGAUGGUCCGAUUGGACUGAUUCCAUCGCAGGAGUUGGAGGAGAGGCGCAAGGCUUAUGUGCCUCCGGAGGCGGAUUAUGUGCACAAGAUCAGCAUUUGUGGCACGAGGAUUAGCAAGAAGAAGCGCAAGACGAUGUACAAGAGCAAGUCCAACACGGACUUUGACAAGGCGGAUCUCAUCUUCUACGAGGAGGUGACGAAGAUGCCGCCCUUCCAGCGGAGGACUCUGGUGUUGGUGGGUGUGCAGGGUGUGGGCAGGAGGACGCUGAAGAAUCGCCUCAUCAACAGUGACACCACAAAGUUUGGCACUGUCACACCACACACAACAAGACCACCUCGUGUCCUGGAGGAGAACGGCAAAGGCUAUUGGUUCAUCGAUCGCGAGGAGUUUGAGGAUGAGAUACAUAAUAACAACUUCUUGGAGCAUGGAGAGCACAAUGGGAAUCUCUAUGGCACACAUUUGGACUCUAUUAGGGAUGUCAUCAAGCAGAACAAAAUGUGUGUUCUUGACUGCGCUCCGAGUGCACUGAAGAUGCUUCACAACAGCCAGGAAUUCAUGCCAUACGUCGUAUUCAUCGCGGCUCCUGGAAUGGAGCAAUUGAAGCAAAUCUAUGCGGAGCGAAGAGCCACUGGCGGAUCUACUAGGAAUCUAGCGUUCGAUAGGCAGAGCUCAAUUCGCUACAGCUCGCGACGGGCGAGAACUCUGGAGUCGCUGGCGUCUCUCUAUGAGGAUGAUGACUUGGUUCAGGCUGUAGAGGACAGCGCACUGUUGCAGCGAAAGUACGAGAAAUACUUGGAUCUCGUGAUUGUGAACGAGGACUUUGACAUUACGUUCAGAAAGGUCGUGGAAGCGCUCGAUGAACUCGUGCAUUCACAUCAAUUUGUCCCCGUCAACUGGAUCUACUGAGCUUCCCGAAUGUAUUCAUGUAUUAAUUGGCAGCUUUGCAGGACACAGUUCAAAUUAGUGGCAUUUUCUCAUCUUAUAUUCGUCCUCAGAAUUAAUCGCAAAAUAGUAGUUUCUUAAGAUGGAUGAAUCUCUUUUUGGCUCUCACAGAGAGUUUUUAUACCGUUAGUGAGUAUUUUUUUGUCUCGAAUUUGUAGUUCUUUUUUUGCAAUAAAUUGCUUUUAAGAAA